AUGAUUCGCAUUUUUAGAGAAAUCAGUACAUUCAGGCUGAGCCAUCCAAACAUUACUAAGUUCUAUGAAUCAUACUUCACGACAGAAGAUGAUUUUGUCAUUGUUACAGAGCUUGCAGAGUAGAACCUCCUAAGAUUCAGGGAAAAUAGAGACCUAACCAAUGCUCAGAUUGCUGACAUUAUGAUUCAACCCAGACAAUAUUUUAGUAUUUGA